AUGCCGUUUGGCUUAACAAACGCCCCUAGCACUUUCAUGAGACUUAUGAACCAUGUCUUGCGGUCGUUCAUAUGCGUUUUUGUUGUUGUGUACUUUGAUGAUAUCUUAGUCUAUAGCAAGAACUUGGCUGAGCACUUAGAGCAUUUGCGGUUAGUCUUAGAAGUGCUUAGGAAGGAGCAAUUGUUUGGGAACUUGAAAAAGUGUACUUUUUGCGCGGAUAGUGUUGUGUUCCUAGGCUUUGUCGUAGGUGCCAAUGGGAUCCAGGUCGACGAAGAGAAGAUCAAGGCGAUCAAAGACUGGCCCAGUCCCAAGACGGUUGGAGAGGUCCGAAGCUUUCAUGGCCUGGCCGGUUUCUACCGAUGGUUUGUAAAGGACUUCAGUACCAUAGCAGCGCCUCUCACCGAAGUAAUCAAAAAGGUCGUUGAAUUUAAAUGGGGCACGGCACAAGAAGAGGCAUUCCAACUCCUUAAAAACAGGCUAACUCAUGCACCUCUCCUUUCUUUGCCUGAUUUUAUGAAAACCUUUGAAAUUGAGUGUGAUGCCUCUGGUGUAGGUAUUGGUGCGGUCCUAAUGCAAGAGAAGCGGCCUAUUGCCUACUUCAGUGAAAAGCUUGGUGGCGCGACCUUGAACUAUCCCACCUACGACAAGGAGCUUUAUGCCUUGGUCCGUGCGCUCCAAACCUGGCAACACUACCUCUGGCCAAAAGAGUUUGUGAUUCAUACGGAUCAUCAAUCUCUUAAACACCUCAAGGGCCAGCAGAAACUGAAUAAGCGGGAAGCUCAUGGCGGCGGUUUGAUGGGACACUUUGGAGUGGCCAAGACUCUUAGUGUGGUCCAGGAUCAUUUCUUCAGGCCGCACAUGAAAAGAGAUGUGGAAAGAAUUUGCGGCCGAUGCAUCACCUGUAAGUAUGCGAAAUCCAAAAGCCAAUCCCCAGGAUUGCCAAGAACUAGGACGGGUCGGGAUUCUGUCUUUGUUGUGGUCGAUAGGUUCUCAAAAAUGGCGCACUUUAUACUUUGUCAUAAGACUGAUGAUGCGUCUAAUGUGGCUGACUUGUUCUUUAGAGAAGUGGUUAGGUUGCAUGGAAUGCCUAGGACUAUAGUUUCUGACCGUACUAAGUUAUGCUUUUCCACCACUUGCCACCCACAGACCGACGGCCAAACCGAGGUCGUUAAUAAAACCUUGUCUGCACUACUUCGUUCUGUUAUUAAAAAGAAUCUUAGGACGUGGGAAGAUUGUCUACCACAUGUAGAAUUUGCUUAUAACCAUGCGGUUCAUUCAACUACAUUGUUCUCCCCGUUUCAAAUGGUUUAUGGUUUUAACCCUCUUACUCCUCUUGAUCUUACGCCUUUACCUUUAUCUGAGCGUGUAAGUAUGGAUGGGAAGAAAAAGGCCGAGCUUGUCAAGCAGAUUCAUGAGAAGGCCAAGCAGAACAUUGAAAGAAAGACCGAGUUUUACAAGUUUCCGGAGGAAAGAAAGUCCAAGUUAUUGCCUCGUGUGGAUGGUCCCUUUACGGUCCUUGACCGGAUCAAUGACAAUGCCUACAAGAUUGACUUACGAGAUGGACCAGACUUGAGGACAAGUCCUUUCCAAGAGGGGGAGGAUGAUACGAUCAUGGACCCAGAGGACGACCCAAACAAUGGAAUCGAGGUUCCGGAAGCACAUUUGGCCGUACCGGAUGGACCCAUGACGCGAUCCAGAGCUAAGAAGCUGGCAGGGACGGUUCAGGCUGUACUUAAUGGAAUCAAGAUCGAACCAGGCGACCCAGCAUCACCCAAGAUUGUGACCGUGCUCAUGAACGCCGGCUGUAACUAA